GCCUAAUAUUUUUGACAUUGACAUUACAUGUCCGAUGUCGUGUAUCAUUUGCGUGCGAUUUUAAAUAUAAUGUUUAGAAAGAUUAUGUGAUAAUUAGGUGCCUGUACUAGUUAUUUAAAAUGUUCUCGAGGAAAAUAUCGCGUGUAGUUAAAUACGGACUGUACGGUAGCGUUGCUAUCGGGGGUACAGUAGCCGCUUUGAAGCUUCACGAUGAAGACUACAAUUCCUUGGCUAUUGUGAGACUUACGAGGACAGCAUACACAGCAGUGGACAUUGGAAGAACGUAUCAAAGUAUGCUUUAUAGUAAGGAAUGGGACAAAACGUCAGACGAGUAUUUAGAGGUUAAAAGUCAAGCUCAUCAAAUUGGGGCAGAGAAAUUGCUUGACCUGUGUAGAGCAAACAAAGGUGUGUAUAUCAAAGUUGGCCAACACGUCGGAGCGCUAGACUAUUUGUUGCCUAACGAGUAUGUGACGACGAUGCGAAUAUUACAUAAAAAUGCGCCGAAGAACACAGUUGAAGAACUUUAUUCUGUCAUCAAAGAGGAUUUGAAAAAGGAUCCAAAUGAAUUGUUUGAUGAAUUUUCACCUGAACCACUGGGUACUGCAUCAUUAGCUCAAGUUCACAAAGCAAAAUUAAAAGAUGGUACUGAAGUUGCUGUUAAAGUCCAACACCAUUUUGUAAGAAAAAACAUUAAAAUUGAUUUAAAAUGGAUGGAAUUUAUAAUCAAUACAAUGUCAAAAGUAUUUCCUGAUUUUCAAAUGCAAUGGUUAGUCGAAGAAACUAAGAAGAAUAUUGCUAAAGAACUGGAUUUCUUACAAGAAGGUCACAAUGCAGAGAAAGUUGCGGCACUGUUUAGCAAUUACAAGUGGUUGAAAGUUCCUAAGGUAUUUUGGGACUACAGUUCAGAGAGAGUGCUUGUCAUGGAAUAUGUUUAUGGAGGACAAGUUAAUGAUGUCAAUUAUAUAAAUAAAAGCAAAAUCAACAGAUAUGAUUUGUGUAGAAAGCUUGGUGAUCUGUACUCGCACAUGAUCUUUAUAAGUGGCUUUGUGCACAGUGACCCUCACCCUGGCAAUAUCCUGGUGCGACAAGACCCAGGGGAUAAGGAUGUCACUGUCUUUCUGCUGGAUCACGGUUUGUAUGCUCAACUCACAGAUAAGUUUAGAUAUCAUUAUUCUAAACUGUGGUUGUCGAUAAUCGAUAGAAAUCGGGAAGCAAUGAAAGUGCAUGCUGAAGCAUUGGGCAUAAGGCAGGAAUUGUAUGGUUUAUUUGCAUGCAUGGUCACUGGAAGGCCGUGGGAUUCCAUUAUGAGGGGAAUCAGUAAAACAAAGCCAUCAUCUGCAGAGAAAUCGACAUUCCAAAACGAAUUACCGAAUAUAUUGCACUAUGUGACUCAAUGUUUAGAACAUGUUGAUCGCCAAGCCCUAUUAGUAUUGAAGACUAAUGACCUGAUAAGGAGUAUCGAGUAUGCACUGGGCACUCAUGAAAGAAUGUGUGGCUUUGUUGUCAUGAGUCAGUGUUGUAUACAGAGUGCGUAUAUGCAGGAAUACAGGAAUGAAAAAUCAAUAUUCAAAAGACAGUUUAUGACAAUGAAAUACACCUGGACAAUGCUCGUGUUAUAUCUGUAUAGCGUUUAUUUAAAGAUAAUGGAUACAAUGAUAUUAUAAUCAUUGUGUAAGUACACAUAAAUGGAGUAUUGCAGUUUUAUGGACGCUGUAGCAGCUGCUUGUUUAAAUUCGAGCUACAAUUUGUAUAUAGUUUAGGUAAGCGUGUACCAAGGAACUUUUUUACUAUCUGAAAACAAGGUCGAUAUUUAAGAAAAUACAUUUACAAUUUAGUUUUUUCUAACAAGAACAAAUUCUGUGAAGAUUUUAGUUAGUUAUCUAAGAUAGCUACCAUAAAAAUACCUCAAUAUUAAUUGUAUAUUUGUAAAGGUGUUGACGAUAGGUAUA